UUUGCGUUGAACGACCAUUGACGCCGUCGACGUCAUCAAAGCUGUGUGUGGUAGUGGAGAAAUAAAAACACACGUAUAGACGCGUUUAUCUUUUCUGUCUGAUCAGAAGUUUACAUUAUUAUAGCUGUUUCUGACAAAAUAAGUCGUCAUAAAAAUACCCAGAAAACUGGAAAUGCAAUUUAGUUGCUGAAAAUUGUGGAAAUUUUGUGUAAUUUUUUUAAAUUUUUCAUCAUGAAUUGGAUCCAUCAUAUUUUAAGUUUUCUCAUAUUUGGGUUUUUACAUCCAGUAUUGUCUGAUGAAGUGAAUCAUGUCUACCAAGAUGGUGAAGAAAUUACAUUAUGGGUGGGCCCUCUUAGGCCAUACAACAAUAAACAGGAAACUUAUCCCUAUUACUCGCUGCCAUUUUGUCAAAAUCAUAAGGAUACUCUAGGUUACCAUAAAACAAGUUUGCUCGACGCUCUUCAAGGCAUUAAUUAUGUUCCUAGCGGUUUAUACAUAGGAUUUACAACUCCUACUCCAAAAACCGACUAUUGUGCUAUCUAUGUAACUGAAGAAGAUGCGAAAGCAUUUAAACAUGCUAUUUACAAUCAAUAUUGGUAUGAGAUGACUUUAGACAAGCUUCCAGUGUCGGGAACUAUUGGAACAAUUGAAAAUGAGGGAAAUGAUUUUUAUCUAUUUACCCAUAAGAAGUUUAUUAUCAAGCACCGUGGUGAUCAAAUAAUUGAAGUUGGACUUGAGAAUGAUAUGCGUAGUAAAAUAACUCCUAAUACUUCCAUCGUAUUUUCUUAUGAAGUAAAUUGGAUGUUUACCGGGGAAGACUUUGAAUGUAGAUAUAGCAAAUAUUUAGAUUCAACUCUACCUAUCGCGAAAAUCCAUUGGAUGAACCUUUUAUAUAGUGUAAUAAAAACUGUCGUUGCUCUGAGUCUUAUCUACAUAAUCAAUUUACGAAUAUUGCGAAAAAGACGUUCUUUGUCUAGCAGCUGUCCCAUAGACAAUACAGAAGAUUCUUCAACUAAUGAUCAACAUGACCUCCUUCAACCUUUUCAAUAUCCUCUAAUAUUUUCUUCAUUAAUGGGAAUUGGAUUUCAGCUUAUGAUUGGCACAAUCCUCCUUUUCAUAUAUGGUACGUACAUUGAAAUUCUAGAAGAACCAGGAUCCUUGUUAUCAGCAGCUGUAUUUAUUUACAUCUUUACAUGCCCAAUUAAUGGAUUUUACGGAGGAGGAUUUUAUUUAAGAUUGGGUGGACAACUAUGGAUGCCACAGUUAUUAUUUAGCACAUAUCUUGGACCAUCGUUAAUUUGGGGAGUGACAAUGAUAAUAAGUCUUGCUGCUAAUUACUUCCAAACUACUCGUGUUUUAUCAGUAGAAGCUACGGUUUUAUGGACAUUAGUAUGUCUAUUAUUACCUCUAUUUACCGCGAUUGGUACAGUGUUGGCGAAACAUCAAGAAGAAACAUUUACCAAGAUGAAUACUGUUAAGUUGCCAAUGGAAAUACCAACCAAGAAACAAUGGUUCUUACAUCCAUUGAUUUUAAUACCUUUCAGUGGUGUUUUCUCAUUUGGAGUAAUACUUCCGACAUUGAGCGAUAUUUGUGAUUCAUUUUGGAAGCAUAAUACUAAUGCAAGCUACAAUUAUAUCUGCCUGAGUUUCAUGUUUCUUCACAUGAUGGUUUUAUGUACUGGUAUUGUAAGCUGUUAUCUUUUAUUCAAAGGUGGACGUUGUUCAUGGCAAUGGACAAGUUUUUUGGGAGGAACAUCUAUCGGGCAAUACACUUUUAUCUAUUCGAUUUAUUAUUACAUAGCUGUAUCAAAAAUGGAUGGUAUUUUCCAAAUUAUUUUCUACUUUGCCUAUAUGGCAUUAAUCAGUGUAGCUAUUGGCGUAAUGUGCGGUGCUAUUUCAUCUUUUGCAGUACUUGGAUUCUUUGAACGAAUGAAUUUUCCUUCUAAUGGUAGAAACCGUCAAAAAAAUAUUCUCCAAUACGUAUCAUCAGAGAAAUCAAACAAUUCAAUAUGGUUGAUACCACAUCUAUCACUGGAAAAACCAGUUGAUGAUUUAGAAAAAAAUAUACUAGAUAAUAUUGAUUUACCUCAGUUACAUUAUUUUGAUAAUGAAAUAUCAAAAGAUAAAGCUCAGUUUUCAAUAUAAUAAGUAUAUAUACUCAUUUUUCAAUAAUUUUGGAAUAAUUUUUAAUUACAAUUUGUAACUUUUCUUGAAUUCGACUUAUAAAAGUACAAUUAAAAUUUUGUAUAAUAUUUUAAUAACACUAAAAUUUUUAGAAAUGGUAGUUUUUAGAAUUUGUAAUCGAUUUUUACGGAUAUUUACUUAUAUUUAUCAAUUUUAAUAUUUGGGUUUUUUUUAGUGUUAAGUAAGAGUGCGUUUGUAAUAAAAAAAAAAAAGAUUUACAUGAUAUUCAUGAAGAAUGAGAUUCACUUUAGCAACAAUUCAUUAUAACACAUAGUAAUAAUAAUAAUUCAGUAUUCAUUUCAACUAUACCUCACACU